AUGGCCUCUGGAGCCACGGGCAGAGGCCCGUGGCGGCCCGGCGAGGCAAAUGAGGCAGCAGCAGCAGCAGCAGCAGCUUUCCUGCCGCGGCUGCUGCAGCAGCCGGCGCACGCAGCCGCGGACUUCCAGAGGCACCAGCAAGCUCACGAGCAGCUGCAGCACCUGCAGCAGCAGCAGCUGCAGCAGCUGCAGCAGCAGCAGCUGCAUAUGCUGCAGCAGCAGCAGCAGCGGCAGCAGCAGCAACCCAGACCCAAAACUGUCGCCUGGCAGCCCUCAAGCUCCACUGAUGAUGAGCUUAAUGCAGCUUACUACGAGGCGCAGGCCAAGAUCGAAGUCACUGCGCACUGCAGGCCCAAAGAGGAGAUUUUCCAGGCCUUCAAAGAGGCCAUUAGAAUGCGUCCUGUUCUGUCUCCAAAGCACCGCGAGCUGCUCGCCAACACCGUGAAGGGUUUGGUGACUGACCGGCAAGUGUCUUACCAUAUGGUGUCUGCAAUGGGAGCUGCAAUGAAAGCUGCUGCUGCUGCUUGGUCUGCUGCUGGGGAGAAGGGCGCUGCUGCUGCAGUGCAGCAGGCUGCUGCUGCUGCUGCUGCAGCACUGACUGCAGCAGGAGUCUCUCCGCAGGAAGCAGGGCAGCUAGCAGCAGACACGGCGCUGACGAGGGGCGUGGGAGCAGCACGGAAUUUGGUGCUGCAGCACAAGGUGCAGCAGCAGCGGCAGCAGAACGCAGCAGCAGCAGCAGCAGCGCUGGAGCGCGCGCAAGCAGCAGCAGCAGCAGCAGCAGCAGCAGCAGACAGAGAAGACUCCUCGAGCGGCGGCACAGACGAAAGCUCCGGGGACCUCUUCAGCAGCAGCGGCGCCGACAGCAGCAGCAGCAGCAGCAGCAGCAGCAGCAGCAGCAGCAGCGGGAUCGCGCCCGACUCCGCAGCAGCGCUGAGCCGCGGAGUGCCCAUCCCGCAGCAGCUAAUGGAAGCAGCAGCAGCAGAAGAGCUGCUGCCUUUUGCUGCUUACUUUUUGAAAAGAAUUGAAUUCUUUUUGAAGCAACUUAUCAAAGAAGUCCAGGACCUUUCCAGAAAGGAAGCGAAGGUGUUCUAUUUGCAGCUGGACGCUGACGUUGCGCGCUACGCAGCUCAGAUCGCGACGGACGCGGAGGAAGUGAAGGAGUUCAGAAAAAUGAGUUUAGAACUUUACAGAAGUGCUUUGUCUUUGUUGCAACAAAAACAAAAAGAAAUAAAAGAAAAGGAGCAGCAAAGUUCCGCGGAAGCUGAAGACCAAGUGCCCCUUUCCCUCAAAAUGGGACUCGUGCUCAACUACGCAGUGCUGCUGCACGACGAGCCCAAUGGGGUGGAGCAAGCCAUAGACGCCUUGGCAGCUCAGUUCAGAGAAGCAGUCGAGAACGUCGUCCACAUUUCGGACACGGAGGAGAGCCGGCGGGUGGUGAUGGUGAUGAGUUUGCUGCGGGGGAAUGUGGAGGCGUGGUGUGAGGAGGCAAACCGAAAAGACGCAACAAAGCUGCUGGGGCUCGACGGCUCUGCUGCGCUGCUGUAG